AAAUUGCACAAAUCCUAAAGAAAAAAGAAGAAGUGAAGAGUGUGCGAAAAGUCCUGAAUCCCAGACGAAGUGUGUGUGUGUGCUGUCCAUGCUAGGGUGGCCCGGUUUUUGGCUAAUUAUAUAGCUAGUGUGUCUAGCUAGAGCUGAAACAUGGAAGGAACACCGGGAACAGCAGCAACAGCAGCAGAAGCAGAAGCAGCCGUCGUAGUAGAACCUCCUGGCCAGGACACUUCAAUGCCACGUAUUACAUUUAGUGAUAACUCCAGUUCACUUAUACGCUGCAUACCCAACGAACGUGCGACAUUUUUUGUGAAAAUCGAUUGCGAUGAGGAGGACGAAUCGGAGCUGUUGCCCUUCAAAUUCGAGUGGACCCGUGGCGAUAUACCCAUCGAGAACUCCGAUCGCUUUCGCAUCACACAGACCAGCAAUGCCGUUCAGCUGGCCGUGGAGCAUGUGCAGCGCGAGGAUGCUGGACACUACACCCUCUUUGCCCGCACGAAAAGCAACGAAGUCGUCCGGAAGCACGUCGAGCUCAUCGUCGAGGACAGAUCGACGGGCGAGGAUCCACCAGUUUUUCUGCGUCGUCUCGUCGAUCUGUCCGUCAAAGUGGGAACACGAACGCGCCUUCUUUCCGAAAUUCGCAGUUCAACAGAUCUUAAGCUGACCUGGUAUCGAAACGAUCGUAGGAUAUGCGAGAAUGAUCGCAUCACAGAGACGAACGAGGGCACAUUUCACUAUCUGGAAGUGAGUCCCGUGAUACUCGAGGAUGGUGGCCAGUGGAUGCUAAUGGCCGAGAAUAUGGGUGGACGCAACUCGUGCUUGGCCACUCUAAAUGUGCUCGUACCCAAGGCGUACAAGACGCCCGAGUUUGUGGAGGAGCUGCGUGCGGUGCUCACCGAACAGGGCACCGUAUCGCUGGAGUGCAAGGUGGUGGGUGUGCCGACUCCGCAUUUGCGCUGGUUCAAGGACUCCAAGGAGAUCAAAGCUGGCGAUAUCUUUGCACUGACCGCCAACGCCGAUGAUCCCACUUCGUUGGGCACCUACACGUGCGAGGCGAAGAACUGCAUGGGCGUCACCUAUUCGAGCUCCAAGGUGCAUGUUGUAGGCCGCGGGAGUCGCGAGGGAUCCCUCAAGCCAGCCGACAAUGUUAGCAAUAAUUUACCGCCACCGAUUUUUACGAAUGAGCUGCGGGACCAGAGCGUCCGCAUUAGCGAUACAAUCAUACUCGGCUGUCAAGUUGUGGUGCCGCCUUGGCCCAAAAGCAUUACCUGGUACAACAAGGACGGACGCGUGGAGAGUGGCGAUCGCUAUAAACUAAUUGAGGAUGGCCUGGGCGUUUAUAUGAUUGAGAUUAAGCCAUCGGAGUCCUGCGAUGCUGGCGAUUGGAAGUGCGUCGUUACCAGCUUUGAGGGCUGUACGGGCAUAUCAGCUUGUGUGGUCAACAUGGACAUUCCCAAAAACUAUCGCAAACCCCGUUUCAUGGAGAGCCUGCGCGCCGUGCUCACCGAGGAGGGCUUGGUCUCCUUCGAGUGCAAAGUUGUUGGCUUUCCAACGCCAGUGCUGAAGUGGUUCAAGGAUGGGCACGAACUGAAGCCCGGCGAUGUUUAUCAGCUGACGGGCACCAAUUCGCUGGGCACCUAUUGCUGCAUCGCUCGCAAUUGCAUGGGCGAGACGAGCAGCACCGCUGUCCUGACCGUCGAGGAUAUACAGAACCAACUAACGGAUGAGGAACGUUUGGUUUUCGCAAAUCAGAAUCAGGCACCACAAUUUCUGACCGGCCUCAAGAGCACCGAUGCCAAGAUUAACGAACCGUUUCAAUUUAAAGUUGUGGUCAAGGCCACACCCGAUCCUAUUCUGACCUGGUUCCGGGAUGAGCUGCCCAUCGAUCCGAAUGACCGUUAUAAUCACUAUCGCGGCGAGAAUGAGGAGUGGCUGCUCGACAUCAAAUCCGCUGAGUUUAUCGAUCAGGCCGAGUGGAAGUGUCUGGCGGUCAAUGAUUUUGGUACCAGCAUCACCUCAUGCUUCCUCAAGCUGCAGAUACCCAGGCACUACAAGAAGCCCCGUUUUCUAGAGUGUCUGCGUGCCGUGCUCACCGAGGAGGGUGCCGUCAAUCUGGAGUGCAAAGUGAUUGGUGUGCCGCAGCCAGUGCUGAAGUGGUACAAGGAUGGCGUUGAACUGAAACCGGGCGAUAUACAUCGCAUUAUCUCUGGGCAGGAUGGCACCUGCUGCCUGGGCACCUACACGUGCGAAGCCAGAAACUGUAUGGGCGUCGUCGCCAGCUCGGCUUCCCUGCUGGGCUUCGAGGAUGCCCAACGUAAUCAGAAGCCAGAGCCACCGCAGGAGAACGAGCUGCAGAGAAACUAUUCGUUGUCCACCAUACAGGAGGAGCGCACCUCGCAGCUAUAUGAGACGCCUGUGGGUGAUAUAACCAUCGAUGACAAAGGCGAUGUCUCCUUUUCAUUUGAUGGCAAAGAGGUAUCCGUUUCACUUUACGAGACGCCCGACUUAACGGAGGAGGAGGCACUCAAGAUUGUCGAAAUGUAUGCGGAUCAGAUAUCCGAACAUGUGACGGAGCAUAAUAUUGUAGAGUUGCCACCGUUGCGAUUCGUCAAGGAGACUUCUCAGUCCGGUAAGCUACUCAUGGAAGCGGUGGUCAUUGAUAUUGCUCCCGAGUAUUUUACACACGAUGAUGAUUUGCGUACCGAGGCGGAUUUGGAUGAUAUCUCCAUCACUGAGAUCACAGUGCAUGGCUCAUCGGGCAGGGAAGGUGUCUUCGACAAAGACACGGAGAAGUUCGCACAGCAAUCCUUUGAGAAAAUGGAGGAGGAACUCUCACUCUCAGCGCCCAUACGUAAGCGCAAGAAGUCACGACCCACCGAAACUGAGGAAUUCUUUAGCUUGUCGAAGGCAUCCGGUUCGGGCGGGGAAGAGGAGACAUCGGAUUUGCAGACCUUUGCCAGUGCGCAGAUGUCUACAUCACAGAAGGUAGCCACAGCAGCAACAACCGCCGAGGGUGAGCCAACUGCACCACCAAAGCGCAAAAAGUCCAAAAAGCCAACGGACAGCGAUUCGUCAAAGACAACCGAUGACGAUGCCAAGCUGCAGGACAUUUCUGGUGCUGUGGGCGAUGGCUUAUUGGUGACGCCAGCUUCGCAUAUCAAAGCAGUUACCGAUGAGAUCGAGAUCAAUAAGAAUUUGAUUGCAUUGGUGCCAUUGGCCAAGUUGCUGCGAGUGAUUGAGAAUCAUUUGACUGUGGUCGAGUCGGAGGUGUUGGAUCAAUCGGCGAUGAUGAUGACACCGGCUGCUGCCGACCAGAGCAUUGCCAUCAUACGUAAUAUUAUCGAACCUAUCAAACAGAUCGAAUCCAAGCUGCGCGUCUAUUCCGGCGAAACGCAGAUCGAUGCACUCAUCCAAUCCAUGGACGAUGAUAUACGCAAGCUGCACAUGGGCCUGCAGGUGAUUGAGAAGUGUGUCGAGAUCGAUGAGAUGGGUGCCACGCUCAUCCAGAGAACCAGUGUCUGCAUUAUUGACAGCGUUGCGGAGCAUAUGAAACGCGCAUUGGAGGAGCUGAAGAUUGUCAGCGAGAGAUUCGAGUCGGAGAGUCUGCGUGCCCAAAUCACAUUAACUGCCGAUGAUAUACAUCAGGGUCUGGAUAUAACACAGGGCACAAUCAGAUCUCAAGCUCUGUUGCAGGAGGCACAGGAGCUGGAGGCAGCCAAGCAUUUUACAGAGGCAGUUGAAAAGAUGCAGGAUGUCCAGGAGAGCAUCUCCUUUGCAUCAAUAUCGGAGGCCAACUUGCCCAGCGAAGCGAGCGCCUUAAAGCAGAUUUGCCAGCCUGUGGCAAAGAUCCAGGAAGCUCUGGAACGUGUUGAAAUGGAACUAUCGCUAGAGGAGAGUGAGGAGCAAAUCUACAAGAAGGUACACAAAAAGGUACUUGAUAGCAUUGUGGAGCCAAUUAAGGACUUGCAGAGCACUCUACAAUCGAUUGAAGAUAAGACCGAAUCUUUAGUGGGAUCAGAGUCCAUGGAACAAAAGAUAAACAUGGCCAUUUUGGAUAUUGUCACACCGCCACUCUUUGAACUUAACAAGGGAUUGGAGUUGAUUCUGAAUGAGAAAUCAGACAGCGUUGAGGCUGGCAUGUUUACGGUGAGCACCGUGGAAUCGAUGGUGCCACCUCUACAAGAAAUCCAGAAUGGUCUCGCCCAAUUGGGUCAGGAUCUGGAGUCGGGUGGUAAGAGAGCCAGCGAGGAGGCCUCAUUGGAUUUGGCAGAUACCCAGAAGUUAUUGCAGUCCAUUGCCCAAGCCGUACUGCACUUCGAGACAAAUAUCGAUCGAAUUUCGGAACGUCUCAGUGAAAAUGUGAAAAUACGCUUACAUAAUCUCAAGGAUGAGCUGUCGGCGCUGAUUGGCACCAUUUUGGAUCGGGAUAUAACGCGUCACCAUGUGGCGCUCCUCGACCAGCUGAAGCGUCCCAUUGAUGAGCUCAACUAUUGCAUACGCCAGACCGAGGUGAAGUCCACCUCUGGCUCCUUGGCAGAUCUAAUAGAACCACUCACCCUGCUGCAGGAGAAUACACAGAAGGCACAUGGAUUGCUGUUGACGGCAAGGGAACGCGAACCCGAUCAGCAGGCACUGCAAUCCCUUGAUAACAUCCGCAACAUAAUACGCAAUGCCAUCAUUGAUAUUGAGGAGCAUGAGUUUAAGAUAUUACAGCAGGAGAUCCAACAGGACGAGCAACUGCAUCCGUCACAACAGGAUAAAUCCUUUAGUGCAUUGCGCAAAGUGCUGGAGACGAAAGUUUCCCUCGAGGAGGCAGUUGGGAACAUUGAAACCCUGCAGGUGGCUCUCAAUCGCAUCAAUGAGAAUGCAAAAAUGCCGUCAAAGAUGAAGUUGUGCGCGAAUGAAGCUCAAGUUGCACUCUUACGGAUAUUACAGAUCGCCAAGGGAUUGGCUACGUUCAGUGAAACGGAGACGACACUCAAUCCCAACGAGGCCAACACAACUCGCAUUUUAUUUGAGAUGGGCAAAAGUUUUGCUGAUUUGGCUAGAACAUUGGAUAAUCCCGUCGCUGAUGGCAAUGAAUUCAACGAUGUGCUAAAUAAUUUCAAUGAUAUUGUUGCCCAGCAGAGAGAAGCCUUAGAUGAGCACUUGACUUGGAAUACUCUAGCCAUAUCCAGUCCACUCUCGAGUUUUGUACAUGCUCUCGAAAAUCUACAACCACUUAAAUUAUCCGUUGAGGAUCUGUCCACGCUGGAUGAUGUUUCAGUGCUCAAGUCAUUGGCUGAAUCGUUGCCAACGGAACCAGAAGCCAACUCUGAGGAGGAGGAAAAGCAUAAGAAACCAGAAGCUGCUGAGCUGGAAGGCAUUAAGAAACCAGCUGAGGUCCUGCUCUCUGAUCUUAACCAUGGCAUCGCAUCGGUUCUAUCGCACUGCGAAGAAUUGGAUGUGGCUUCCUUGCGUGUCGAAACAGUUGAACAACUCCAAGCGGCCAUUACCAAAAUGCAGGAACUACAGAACAGCAUUGCGCUGGUGCAUGAAACACACGCGGAUGAGGCUGCGAAGUCCAUGUCGGAGGGCACGGAUCCCGGCACUUUUGCCGCAGCGAUCUGCAGUCUGGAGCGUUGUGUGCUCGAGGUGGAGGAGUGCAUUGCGCACAGUGGUGCCGAAAGUCUGGAGGAUCUGGAACUAUCCAAGCUUAAGACACUGGCGACCCCACUGCACGAUCUCCGGCAUUGUUGUGAACAGAUUGAUAUCCAGGCGCUGGAGCAUGUACAGGAUAUGUCCAUGCACGAGAUAUCUGAACUGAAGACCAGUGGCCAGCAGCAGAUGGUGGAAGAUAUUCUCCAGGAGCCAGCUAAAAUUGCUGACGAGCCAAAAGUGGAGAUCUUCGAUGUGCAACAGGGCGUUGUAAGUGGCAUAAAGCAGCUGGAAGCUUGCCUCGAAGUAACCAAAAAUGACGAUAGCGAAGAAUUGCGCCAGGUGGGCGAAAUAAUGCAGCAGCUGAACUCGGACUUGAAAAGAAUCCAAGAAACACUCGCUUCAAACAGCGAUCAACAGGAGACUGUGCUGGCUCAGGCGAAAAUUGCAAAGACCAUGUUCAAACUGAAGGAGUGUUUGGUGCACACUUACGAAUCGGGUUUGGUUGACUCCUUGGAGAAUAUCGAAAGUGCUUUUGAAGAUAUUCUGCUUUCUUUGCCGGUGCUGGAGACCCAAUUAGCUCAGGAGAUGUAUGCGAAAAUUGAGGACACAUUCAAAAAUUUUAUGACGUACUGCCAGCAGCAAAAGUCUCUAGUGAGUCUAAGCAUAACAUUUGAGAAUCUGCUACAAUCCAUUCGAGCGGUAGCCGAUUCACCAAAUGUUGAUAUAGAUAAGUCAUCGACCACAAUGGUUAAUCUGCAAACAAGUCUAAUGGCCACAUUCAGGGCUCUGAAUGAGGUUAGCGAAGUGGUCGAUAAUGAUCUAUUGGGCGGUCUACUUCGAAGCCAAAGCAGCCUGGUCGCCGUUUUUGAUUUUAUUGAGAAUAAUGACAAUCCAAUACGCAUUAUAGAACUGCUGCAAGAAAUUGAUGUAAUAUCGGCGGAAUUGAAGAGUGUGUCUUUGGUUCCCAUUGAAUUCGGGGUGCCCAUCGACAUAAGCAUGAUCAUUGAAAACGUGUCGUCAGGCAAAGCGUUCCUAAUUGAUAUUGAACAGGGCCUGCAAAACGAUAAUCCACUCAGCGUUAAACUUGUCGAUGAAAACACUGAAGAGAUUAGACAACUGGAGGCAACACUUGUCCAAAUAGAAAAUGACAUCCUAUCACAAGCUCAGCUAACACAGAUUACAUCAGAGCAGAUGGCACUGAUUUGUCACUGUUCAGUUGCAAAUUAACAGUCUCCAGGAGAAGCUUACUCAGUUAACUGUAUCCCUUGCAGCACAACAGGAGCAGGAGCAGGACCAGGGACCGAAGCAAUCAGAGCAACAACAUACACAAGUAAUAGAUACACCAGAACAAAUGGAAGUUCCUCAAGAGAAAACAGAAAUAAAGGUGAAAAGAAAACUGGAAGAAGAUGACAAACAAACUACAACGAAAAAACCCAAAGAUGAAAUCGAUGCAAAAUAUAUUGAAUCGCCAGAUACUUUAAAGAAAAAGGAAUCUGAAACUGUUACCGAUAAGCCUGAGAAUUUGCAACAGAUUUUGAAUUUAAAAUUCGACAAUCUGCGCAGUGUUCUGGAAUCCAAAACCGAUAAAUCUGAACUAAAGGCUAUUUUAACCAACAGUAAAGAAAUUAUGGAAAACUUGAAAGACUCUGAGGAAGUAGUAAAGGGUAUAUUCAAACUUCGAGACCACAUAGUUCAUACAUAUGAUGGGAAAUCACCUGACGAACAAGCUGACAAGGAAAUUGUUGAGGCCUUUAUUGAAUCAUUUAUUCAGGCCUGUCCAGAUGCAGCAGAGAAAAUAAUUACGAGUUACAUAAAAGAAAUUAAGAUGAAUAUUGUUUUAACUAAAGCAGCUAUUCAACUUAUUGGCGAUUCUGAAAUCGGAAAUAAAUCAUCGUUGAUUGUACCAAAAUUAGUUAACCUCGAAAAUAUUUCAGAGAAUAUUAAGUCAGAUUUGCAUAUUGAAAAGUCCUCUGUUAAGAUGAUACAACUUCAACAAAAUCUGAUGGACAU